AUGUAUGAGAAAUUGAUCAUGCUGAAUCUGCAAAGUGGUUCAAACUGGAGUGGAACCAAUGACUGGUACCACCAACAGAGCACAGUGCCAACUCAGCACAGCACAGUGUCUGAGGGGUGCCUGAUGGAUGCUGAUGGAGGGAUGGGAGGUGGAGGCAGAGGAGGAGGACAGAUAGAGAGGGAUGAAGCAGAGGAGUCUCAGCUGAGGUUGCAGCUGAAGAGAAAGCUUCAGAGGAACAGAACGAGUUUCACACAAGAGCAGAUAGAAGCCCUGGAGAGAGAAUUUGAGAGAACACAUUAUCCAGAUGUCUUUGCAAGAGAGAGACUGGCCAACAAAAUUGAUCUUCCAGAGGCACGGAUACAGGUUUGGUUCUCCAACCGAAGAGCCAAAUGGAGACGAGAGGAGAAGCUCCGUAACCAGAGGAAAUCUGCGGGUGGAACUUCCUGCUCUCAAACACAUGCUUCACUUACAACCUCCUUUAACUCAACUGUCUACCAUCAUCAGCUCAGCAACAGUGAUGGGUCUAUAUUCAGCCAAAGUGAGACAUCUCUCCCCAGCUACAGCUCUCUCUCGGUCUACUCUGGAAUCCAGUCUGCCCCCUCCCAGUCAGCUUCCUCAUACUCAUGCAUGCUUCCCCACUCUCCAUCUGCUCCCCGCUCAUUUGAGUCCUCAUCAUACCCCUCCCCUUGUCUACCACCCCCUCCCACAGCCGGCACCAGCACAGGUCUAAUCUCUCCUGGAGUCUCAGUACCUGUCCAGGUUCCAGGGAAUGAUCAGAGUCUGAGUCAGAACCUGGGCCAGUACUGGGCCAGGCUACAGUGA